AUGUUGAAACACUUUGUGGCUCGCUCCAAUCCAAGACGGCAUCUCUUCAUCGGAGGCAUGCUAACAAAAAGUAGUGGGAACAUUGUUGCGUCGGAAGAGAAGAUGAAUAGGACACAAUUUCAUGGAUUUAUGGCCUGUUAUGAUGAUUUUAGUGUGAUGAUGAUGAAAAGAACAUUUCAUCAAAACAUGAAACAUUGUCGAGUUCCGGUCGCAGCAACAUCAUCUAAAAAUCCCUCAUCAGCAGAUGAAGAAUAUAUUGAUAUAGAAACAUUGAUUGCACCUCCCAAAAAUCAACCUCCUCUUCCCGAAGAUUAUGUGUUAUUGUAUCGCAAUCCAAAAGCUAGAUUCUUUAAAUUUGCUUUCAUUGCUUCAAUCGCUAAUGCCAUCACCCUUUCUAUUUUGGCAUAUUUCACAAUAACAAUGGUCAAAUUUGAUGAACUAGGAAAUAGAAAAGAGGCAUCUUUAACUUCCAAAAUCUUAAUUGGUUUAGGUUAUGCCUUGGCAGCUGUGGCAGUGAUUGCCGGAGUUUCGUAUUAUGCAAAACAUAAUAUUUUAGAAUUUGGAAGAAUUGACGAUAAAACAGUAAGAAUUGUCACAGCUAAAUUUGGAUGGUCAAAUUAUAAGGACAACAGAAUUCCAAUUGAUGAAAUCAAAAUUCCGCUAAACUCUGUUGAAAAUCUCAAGUACAAUUUGUUUCUUACCGACAAUGUUGCAGCUCAACAACUUUCGGAAGCUCAAGUGAAAUCCUUAAAACGAAAGGGAGAUUACGUUUUUGUUGGAUUAAAAGGCAAGAAAUGGAACCACAUCAUGGAUAUAACUGCCGAAGAUGCUUUUGUAGACAAGAAUAAUUUCUUACGUUUUCUUGAAUAUCAUCCAAAAGUUGUUGCCAGUUCCAUACCUCGAUCAGGAAAAGGAUACAACCCAUACAAGAAUUAUUAA